AUGACAUAUAUAAAAUACCCAAAUGUAAGAAUUUAUUGGUCUUCUCAAGAGGGGUUGAGAAUGAACCUUAUUGCUGAUGCUAUGACUUGUAACCGGUUUGCCGUAAUUAAAAGGUUUAUUCAUUUUGUAGACAAUUAUGAAAAACCUCAAGUAGUAACUCAUAAAUUUUGGAAAAUUAGACCUGUUUUAGACAUUUUACACAAUUCUUUUCAUUCAGCUAUAUCAACUAGUCAAAAUAUAGCCAUUAAUGAAAUGAUGGUUCCUUUUAAGGCCGGAACCAAUGGAUAUGUACAUUGUUUUGAGCUUUAUCAAGGUGCCUCGAAAGACAAAAAAUCACUUUUUGGUCCAAUAGGUGAUACAGUUUUGAAAUUGUGUCAUUCAAUACAUGGUGAAAACCAUAAACUUUUCAUGGAUAACUUGUUUACUACUGUUCCACUAUUAAGAAAAUUAAAGUCUUUAAACAUACAUGUCCUUGGUAUUCUAAGAUUGAAUAGAGUAACUGGAAUUGAAAAUUACCUAGUCAAAGAUAAAUUGUUAGAAAGAGGUAACUGUUCAAUAGCCACAUCUGAUGACAAUCUGACUGUUGUACGAUGGAAAGAUACUUAA